AUGCGGCCCUCGCUCUGGCGCUCGCCGGCGUUACUGCUGGUCGCUGCCACUUCGGCCGUCCAAGCCAUCUACCAGGAUGAGGUCGGCGACAUUGACUACCACCACGAACUCAUCGGCCUGCCGCAGAUCGAGACGACUCUCUUCCACCGCCCCAGGAGAGACGACAAGGCGAGCCUCCUCUACACCCUGAGCGACGUCGGCGUCGUCGGCGCCAUCAACCCUAGCAAUGGCGGGGUUGUCUGGAGACAGUCCCUGACGGGAAACAUCACCAACGGGGGAGGCCACCUGCGCGCCGCCGAGGGAGAGAACUGGAUCGCGACUGCCUACGGCCACUCGGUCCAGGCGUGGAACGCCCUAUCCGGACGCAGCGUCUGGUGGCUGGAUUUCACUGGCGAAGUCAAGGACCUCGAGGUCAUGGAGCUGACCGAAAACGACCGCAAAGACGUGCUGGCGCUGUUCGAGGAGGACAACGGCGCGACGACCCUGAGGAGGCUCAAUGGCCAGACCGGCGCUGUGGUCUGGGAGAUCAGCGAUGCCGUCAACGACGUCCCCAUCCAGGUCUCGACCAACAUUGAGAAGAUCUUCGUCGUCAGCCUCUACGGCACCCUGACCUCGUACGGCCUGAGGGUCUCCGUCCUCGACAUCCACACCGGCAAGCGCGUCAACGAGAUUCUUCUCGGCACCAAGGGCGAUGUCGACAGCAAGGACGACAUCAUGUUUGUUGGCGCCAACUCGGCCUCUCCCAUUGUUGCCUGGGCCGACAAGGGCCGCUCCAAGCUCUACGUCAACGUCCUCGGCACCAAGAAGAAGCACGAGUUCCCCCUGCCUGCUGACACCACCGAGGUCGCCAUUCAUGCGCCUCACCACUUGCAGUCGGAGCCUCACUUCCUCGUGCACAGCCGCACGCCCACCGCCAACAAGGCCGACGUCUACCACAUUGACCUCAAGACCAGCGCCGUCACCAAGGCCUACGAGCUUCCUCUGCUGCCUGGCGUCGGUGCCUUCUCGACCAGCUCCCAGGGUGCCAAUGUCUGGUUCACCCGCAUUACCGACGACGAGGUCAUCCUCACCUCCUCCGAGUCGCAUGCCAUCCUCGGACGCUGGCCGUACAAGCCCAACACGGAGAGCUCGCAGGUGAUCCACGGCGUGUCCGAGGUCAUCAGGAAGCCCGACGACUCGUACGCUGUUCGAGCCGCCGCUCUCACCCGCUCGGACGACUGGGUGCUUGUCCGCAACGGCGAUCUGGCUUGGAGCCGCCCUGAAGGUCUGACGGGCGCCGUUGCCGCUGCUUUCGCCGAGUUUCCCGAGAAUGCCCAGUACGCCAAGGUGCUCGAGGAGGAGGCCCAUAGCAACGUCGUGUCCGCCUAUGUCCACCGCGUCCAGCGUCACCUCAAGGACCUCGAGCAGCUGCCGGACUGGCUUGCCUCUAUUCCCCAGCGACUCAUCAGCAGCAUCACGGGCUCUGACGCGCCUGUCAAGAAGGACGGCCUUCACCGGGACAGCUUUGGCUUCAACAAGCUCGCAAUCUUGGCCACUCGUCGUGGCAGGGUUUACGGCCUCGACAUUGGCAACCACGGAAAGGUUGCGUGGUCCUCCGCCGCAUUUGCCAUCCCUUCGGGCCAGACCUGGGAUGUGAAAGGUAUGUUUGUCGAGGACCACAGGGGCCUCGUCACCAUGCGUGGAUCCAACGGCGAGCAGGUCGUGGCCAAGACCACCACAGGCGAGAUCGUCGAAGUGCUGCCCGAGGGCGCCUGGCCCAAGGUGGAGGCCACUGCCAUUGUCGACAGCGCUUCCGGCCAAUGGCUUCUUCCCAUUGGUGUCGAUGGUCAGGUUGGCGACGUCCCUGCCGAGUGGACGCCCAAGCAGACGGUCGUUGUCCGCAGCGCCGACGGCGGGCUCAAGGGCCUGACCUGGUCAGGCGUCGAGGGCUCUGCCAAGGAGGUUGUUUCCUGGACCUUCCUGCCACCCGGCGGACAGACCAUUGUCGAGGUGGCCACGCGUGCCUCGCACGAUCCUGUCGCUCAGAUCGGAAGGGUUCUUGGUGAUCGCAAGGUCAAGUACAAGUACCUUAACCCCAACACGGCCGUCGUUGCGGCCACGAGCGCGGCAACGUCCACCCUGACCAUCUACCUCUUGGACACCGUCUCUGGCCAGAUCCUGUCCUCCAAGACGUACGAGGGCGUCGACGCGUCCAAGAGCAUUGACUGCGCCGUUGCAGAGAACUGGUACGCCUGUACCUUCUUCGGACAGUACGCACUCAAGGAUGCCCAGGGCCAUGCGCUUUCCGGGCAGUCGCUCAAGGGAUACCAGAUCGUCGUCACGGACCUGUACGAGAGCAACGAGUCCAACGACCGCGGCCCUCUGGGCUCCGCUGCCAACUUCUCCUCUAUUGAGACGGUCGAUGAGCCCACGGGAGCCCCCCUUCCCUUCCUCGUGUCGCAGGCAUGGGUCCUGUCCGCGCCCAUUGUGGCUCUUGCCGUCACACAGACGCGUCAGGGCAUCACCAACAGGCAGCUCCUCGGCUACCAGCCCGAGACGCACGGCAUCGCUGGCCUGCCCCGCCAGGUCCUCGAGCCUCGCCGCACUGUAGGUCGCGAUCCCACGGCCCAGGAGGUCGAGGCCGAGGGCCUCAUCCGGUACACACCUGUCAUCGAGGUCGAUCCCCGCCAGGUCAUCACCCACCAGCGCGACGUCAUCGGCGUCAAGGACAUCAUCGCGACCCCGGCCCUGCUCGAGAGCACAACUCUCGUGUUUGCCUACGGUAUUGACAUCUUCGGCACCCGCCUCGCGCCGAGCCUGUCGUUUGACAUUCUCGGCAAGGGCUUCGACAAGGUGACCCUCAUCGGCACCGUGCUCGCCCUCGUGGCUGGCGUGGCUGCGUUGAAGCCUAUUGUCCGGAGGAAGCAGACGGAUCUGCGCUGGACAGCGCCCAGGUGA